AUGGACACUUCCACCCGCAACCUUCAUUCCAUCACCCACUCCAAGCUCCAGGGCUCCAACAUACCCAUCCCAUCCUCCUCGGUCACACUCGGAUACACCCCCUCCGCGAUGGCAGCCCAACCGCAGAACAACCCGGCCUUCGCACCCGCCAACCAAGCAUCAUACAGCGCUGUCCUCCCUGCCUCGUCAGCGACAGCUCACCCUCCCUUCCAAGCCCCUGGCCAGCAAUAUCAUUACAGCCAAAACCCCGCCUCCCUCAGUGGUGUCCCGAUGCAACCGUCUUCCUCGACAGCGCCAGCACCAGCCUCCGCAGACAGCCACCCCCACCAACCCACCGGUUCGGGGGGUCCGUUGGCGACGGCGCCCUUCCUACGAGACUUUAGUCUUGUCGCUGAAGCGGCGAAACGGGCGCAGAUGUCGGUUGUGCUUCGGGAUCUGGAAAGCGUUACUCUAUAA